CCUAUGCGCGCCUCUGUGUAUGUGCAUGUGUGUGUGUGUGUGUGUUAUUCAGUAAUAAAUGCAGAACCGCCUCACUCUAAUCAAGCUGAUUAAAAAUUCCUGCGCGCACAGCCGGAAAUCGCACCAUCCUCUGUUUUCUUUGCACUUUUUACUUUAUUUUAGGUUCUACACUCCGCCAGGACAUCGGCUGUCGCGAGUGGCUGCCUUCAACACUCGACAUGCGGGUUAAAUCGUCUUGUUUUAGGGGUGUUUUCUUUUGAAAUGAGGAGGAGAAAGGGAAAGCACAGGCAGCACCAGCAAGGGGAGUGAUGAGUCAAUACAACUCAUAAUUUAAUGGGGACACAGAAGGGGAAAGCGAGAAAGAAAGAAGAGCUCCCGUCCGGACGCAAAUCAAACCAACAGAACGAACACAUAUCGCAAGCAGCUGUUAUGCAUCCAUAGCAAGCCUUAACUCGACAUUGGAAAGUAAAUCGCACUUUUUAACAUGGGUGUGCAUAUCGUUGCGCCAUCGUCUCUACAUGAGAUAGCAGAUCAUUGUCGAUAAAAAAAAAAAUUCUAGAGAAGCCGAAUUUAUUGAAUACACGUUCUUUUUGUAUGCGUUUAUACAUCAGGAUUGUUCGCGACUGGUAGAAAUAACAGAUUUCAGCACCGCUUAUCACUAUCCGAUGUUCUAUUCACGACUGAGCAAAUAAUUCGAUUUAUUUAGGCUAUACUGUACAGACUUAAUUCCUUACCAAUGUUAUCGUAUCCCAGUCUGUCUCGACGUCUUCUUUUAUAUAAAUUUGGGUUGCUCUUUUGUAUAUCAACCUUUCAUCUCUCAAAAGAAGAACACAUUUCUGUAGAGGACCUAUCAUUUAAACCUAGAAAGCAUCAGACAUUGAAGUUUUCUUUCCCUUGACAAAACUUGAAGAAGGCAACGUUCACCAAGACUGCAUUAUAUGCUUUCGAGUUUUGAAGUGCUGAGUUUCAGGUGAUAGUGAGCAGAGGUGCUGAGAAUGAUGGACCAUCUCAGUGAGGCGUGCCUGGGGAAGGAGAACUGUGAUCUGGUCAACAGCAUGGCUGACCGCGACUCCAAGGCCCCCCCAGCCAAGCUGGCCCGGCUGGAACAGAACGGCAGCCCCCUGGGCAGGGCCCGCCUGGGCAGCACGGGGGCCAAGCUGGCCGGGGUACCCUACAAACCCUCGGGACACCUCCUCAAGAACUGCCACAAGAGGGGCAACAUGCUCCCUGUGUUCUGCGUGGUGGAGCAUUACGAGAGCCCCAUCGAGUUUGACAGCAAGGAGGAGCACGCCGAGUUUGUGCUCGUCAGGAAAGACAUGCUGUUCAACCAGCUCAUCGAGAUGGCCCUUCUGUCACUGGGCUACUCGCACAGCUCGGCGGCACAGGCGAAAGGUCUCAUUCAGGUGGGCAAGUGGAACCCGGUUCCACUGUCCUACGUGACGGACGCGCCGGACGCCACCGUGGCAGACAUGCUGCAGGACGUGUACCAUGUGGUCACGCUGAAAAUUCAGCUGCACAGUUGUCCUAAACUGGAGGACCUGCCGCCAGAGCAGUGGACCCACUCUACAGUAAGAAAUGCCCUCAAGGAGUUACUCAAAGACAUGAACCAGAGCUCUCUGGCAAAAGAAUGUCCCUUAUCACAGAGUAUGAUCUCCUCCAUUGUGAACAGCACUUACUAUGCAAAUGUGUCAGCGGCGAAGUGUCAGGAAUUUGGGCGCUGGUAUAAACAUUUCAAGAAGACAAAAGAUAUGAUGGGCAUGCGCCAACCCUCGCAGCUGGAGGGCUACCUGGGGACGUGUGUCCUCCACGACAGCCCGCGUGCCAACACACUAGCAGACAUGGACGGCCUGUCCGACCACUCCCCUCCGGGCCCCAACCACAACCACAACCACAACCAUCUGACCUUCUCCCAGCAGCCCAUCCCGGGCAACACGGCCGAGCAGCCUCCCUCCUCCCCGGUGCCCCCCCUGCCCCCUCCCUCCCACGGUGGGGGCCAGAACCCCGGCCGCCCGGCUCAGCUCCCCCCCGGCCUGCACCACCCAGGCCUAGUGUCCACCCCCAUUAGCCCCCAGCUGGUGAACCAGCAGCUGGUCAUGGCCCAGAUUCUCAACCAGCAGUAUGCCGUAAACCGGCUCCUGGCACAGCAGUCGCUGUCGCAGCAGUACCUCAACCACCCGCCGGUCAACCGAAACGCCCUGACCAAGCCCCUGGAGCCCCAGGUAGCCAGCAACACCGAGGUGUCCAUGGAGAUAUACCAGUGGGUGAGGGACGAGCUGAAGAGGGCCGGCAUCUCCCAAGCCGUGUUCGCCCGCGUGGCUUUCAACAGGACCCAGGGCCUGUUGUCUGAGAUCCUGCGUAAAGAGGAGGAUCCUAAGACGGCCAGCCAGUCUCUGCUGGUCAACCUGCGGGCCAUGCAGAACUUCCUGCAGCUGCCCGAGGCCGAGCGAGACCGUAUCUACCAGGACGAGAGGGAAAGGAGCCUGACGGCUGCCUCGGCCAUGGGGCCUGCGCCACUCAUCAGCACCCCGCCCACCCGGCCAGUGCAGGUAUGGAACGAACAGCAGCCCAGGAGAGAAGACUGUAACAACGUCAGACCUGAGGACUGGAACCCCAGAAUCCCUGUGGGCAUCUCUCCUAUCCCCGAAUCCAGAAAACACGGCAGCAUCACCUUGUUUUCCAACCCUUUUGCUGACACUCCUUACCCUGCCCAGGUGAAGGCCUCUCCGCUCCCCAGCGAGUGGAACGGCAAGACAGAGAGCUGCAUCCUCAACAUCAACUCCUCCAUCUAUGACGAGAUUCAGCAGGAGAUGAAGAGGGCCAAGGUGUCCCAGGCUCUGUUUGCCAAGGUGGCCGCCUCCAAGAGUCAGGGCUGGCUGUGUGAGCUUCUGCGCUGGAAGGAGGACCCCAGCCCGGAGAACCGUACGCUGUGGGAGAACCUGUCCAUGAUUCGCCGCUUCCUGAGCUUGGCCCAGGCGGAGCGUGACGCCAUCUACGAACAGGAGAGCACGGCUGGCCAGCAGCAGCACCACGCCGACCGGCCCCCACACACGAUGCACAUGUCCACUGACCCCAUGCAGAACCCAACUCUGAUGUAUAUGUCCCACACAGAUCCACUACAGUCUCAGACCCAUCAACCGCCCCAGCAGCAGCAGCAGCUCCCCAUGUCCCUCCAGCACCCCUCCCAGCCUCCACUGUCCCAGCAGCCCAUGCAACAGCAGCAGCAGCAACCACCCAUGGGCCCCAGGCUUCCCCCUCGCCAGCCCCCCACCGCCUCCCCGGCAGAGACAGAGGACCAGGGCCGCGGCGGCGGGGGGACCAAGGCUCGCUCCGGCGGGGGCAAGAUCUCCCAAGAGGCCCUAGGCAUUCUGCAAAGCUUCAUCCAGGACGUGGGGAUGUACCCAGACGAGGAGGCCAUCCACACUCUGUCGGCCCAGCUGGACCUGCCCAAGCUCACCAUCAUCAAGUUCUUCCAGAACCAACGCUUCUACGUCAACCACCCGGCCAAGCCGCCCAAGGAACCCAGCAACAGCAGUAGCAGCAGCCCGGCCUUCGAGGAGGAGCUGUCGGACUUCAGGGAGGGCAGUGCCGAGCUGCUGAAGGAGCUGGAAGAGAGCACACAGACCAACAGCACCAUCUUCUCCAUCAAGAUCGAGGAGCACCUGGCCCGUGCCGAGGCCCUUUCAGAAUCUGACCACGAGCCCAAGGAGUAGAGAGAGCGUCCCCCAGUCUGAACACUGUGCUGAAAGAGUAGUGCUGCUGUACACACAGAGACUGAAUGCAAUGCUAAAGGGUAAUGGUCUGGCUAGCGCAGUGCGACCGCUGCGAGAGUAAAGAGUAGUGUUUUAUCAAUGCAGAGUCUGGACUCUAUGCGUACGAGUAGCAUUUAUGUAUCAAUGCAGACUGAAAGGCUACGCAACGCUACCAUUCUCACACUGGAACCCCCCCAUUUCCACAGACUACAGUAAUACGAAUAAGUAUUGCUUUUUCUGAUUUUGUAAAACUUGUAUUAUUCACUGUAAAGAUUAAUGCAUCAUUUAAAUAACCUGCACAAAAAAUUAUUCUAAGUAUGUUGCCGUGGAUAUUUGCUGACUGCACUUAAUGUCUGUUGUUUUACACUGAUUUCCUUUCUUUUUGAGCUACUGAUAUUAUAAUAAAAAGCCCCCAUGGAGUUUGAUAGGACUUUGAUAGGUGUUUACGUAUGUAAUUUUAACUGGAUUUUUUAAAAUGCAUAUUAAAUCGAGGACCAAGUGGAUGACAAGGCCUUAAUGAUGAGGUACUAAGUCUGGAAGCCUGCUGGCAAAUGAGUUAUUCUUUGAAAAAGCGAAAAACAUGACGGUGAUUACGGAUCACUCAAACUCUGGAACGCAAACCGCACCCCAGGUGCGUCGCCGAGAAUAGCUCAAUCGUUACAUAUUAUUUGUUAGGAAGAAAUAUAAAUAUAUAUAUAGACAUUAUAUUAACUGUAAAAAAAAAAAAAAAAUACAGUCUUAAAGAAACUAUGCCAAUAAAUGCCUUGUACUAUAUGGCACUGCCGAUUAGAUUAUUUUGCAAAACCUUUGUCACUGUACUUUCUGAAUCAGUCACACAGUUUAAAAAUGUGAAUCACAAACUCUGUUUUUUGUUGUCUUCUACAUUAUUUAUUUGCAGUUCAUGCAGUGUUUCUGAUGUAAUUACUUUUUUUGGAAAGUUUGUUACAUAGCCUUUUUUUUAUUUCAAUGAUCCUUUUCUAUUUAUAAAUGUAAUUUUGAUGGGCAGUAAAAACAAAAAGUGUCUUAACGUUUUAAAUGGAAAAUGUGCUUUAAAGGUUGCCUAUAAAAGUGCUGUAUGUCAAGCAACUCAUGCUACAAGCUUCACAAUUAAUGUUGUAUGCAAUUUUUACUAUCAUGCAAAUAAGCUUAGGUAAAUUACUAACCUAUAGAACACCUUAGAAAGAAAAACAUAUGCAAUCUGUGUGAAUAUCGAUGUCUGCAAUGUGUCUUCCUUUGGUUAACAAUCCAAUUCAAGCUAUUCCUGUAUAAAUAUCCUGUAUAAAAAAGUGUUUCUUUUUUAUGAGUUUAUUUCAAUGAGAACACCAGUUAUUUUGUUACAACUGACUGUUUUAUAAGUGUUUCUCGGUUUCUUUAUGCAGAAAUUGUUUAACUAGGAGUGGUUCUUUAUUGUUAAUUACACAAUUAAACUGUUUGUAUUGUACCCCAGAUUCUUGCCAUUCAUGUGACCACGCUACUUGCACCUAUAGAAGGUUUCACUUACCAUAUUCAACAGUAUGUAUCAACAUAUAACGACUUUUCAGUCAAAUUAGUUCAUUUUUUAUCCUAAAAAGUGUAAUACUUGUAAGUAUCACAAUUUAUAUUUGUCCUUUUUUUUUAUUUCUAUGCAGAAGUUAACACUUUUAACAAUAUGUGCAUAUCCAAUACCUUUGAAAACCACUGACCAUGAGCUCCACUCCUGCAUCUUUUAUCUUGAUACUCUCCUGAGCGUCUGAAGUAGCUGUGAGACCUGAAAAGUAAAUAAAAGUGGGGUGUUAAUUCCUGUGCUAACGAAGCCCUCUACAGGGAGAUAAUGUGUCAAAACUGCACAGGUGCCCUGACCUCUCCCUGAACCCCAGGUGAAUUCAGGUGUUUGUCUGCUCCACACAGAAAUGACCUUUACCUGUUAACACCCUUGGAUAUGUUUCAGCCAGUCUGGGCUGGAUUCCCUUGAGGUUUUGCUCUUUUUUUCCUUUUUCAAAAUAAAGACCAGUGUAACAUUG